CCCCAGCAGGUAGAGAAGAGUGCAGCCCCAGCCCCAACUUGUACUUCCUAUCUUUCAUGGCUGACGGGCAAAUAGUGAAGCGUGCCAAGUUGAAGUCUUCAGUCAACAGCCUUGGCAUUUCUGGAGUCCUUAGAAUGGUGGGUUCCAAUAAACCAGCGCUUCUCAAACUUAAUCAACACCAGAAUGGCAAAAGGCUAAAGCCGAAAAUGGCCUUAAAGAAUGAAAUGUGGACUCCUUUAUCGGAUGGUCAGUCUAACAGAGUUACAAUCAACUUGACUCCAGAGAUUAUCCAUCAGAUAUUUGCUGAGAAACCGGCUGUUCGGCAAGCAUACUUGAAGUUUGUACCAAAAAAGACAAGGAAUUUUGGACGAAAUUCUCAAGAGCUGAAUAUCUCCACUGACACUAAAAAGGUAGUUGUUGUUGCUGCUGAGGCUGCUGAAGAUGAAGAACUUGCCAUCUUUCUGAAGAAAGAUGACAUAUUGACAAAAGAAGCUCGUAAAAAGGAUCACGGCUUAUGUUGUGAAGAGAGUAAGGAUGCCCUGGAGACACAAUAUGAGCCGUACAGAAGAGACUUCUCACGAGACCUCAAUCAGCAUGCUGCUGUUGUGCUUCAAGGAAGAGUACUAGGAUUCACAGUGCAUGCUAUUGGUUUUAUUCCGAGUCCU